AUGUCGAUGGUUCAAAGAGCUGUCUCUACAAAUUAUGAAAAUGUUUCUACAAAUUCAAUUUAUGAUUAUGGAGAUGCUCUCACAAAGAGUCUUUUGUAUUUUGAAGCUCAACGUUCUGGAAAAUUGCCACCAAAUCAAAGAGUUAAUUGGAGAGGAGAUUCCGCACUUAGAGAUGGUUCUGAUGCUCAUAUUGAUCUCACCGGAGGCUACUAUGAUUCCGGAGACAACAUGAAAUUUGGAUUUCCUAUGGCGUUCACAACGACAAUGCUAGCUUGGAGCAGUAUAGAGAUGGCACCGCAACUUAAGGCCCAUAAGGAGUAUGCGCACGUGCUCGCGGCUCUCAAAUGGGCCACUGACUAUCUCAUCAAAGCCCAUCCCUCACCCAAUGUUCUUUACGGACAAGUGGGUGAGGCAAAAUCUGAUCACGCGUGUUGGAUGAGACCUGAGGAUAUGACCACUCCGCGCACUUCAUACCGCAUUGAUGCUCAGCAUCCGGGUGCUGACUUAGCUGGCGAGACAGCUGCAGCUUUGGCUGCAGCGUCUUUGGCUUUUGGGCCUUCGAAUAAAGCUUAUGCGAUAACACUUAUUCGUCAUGCAAAACAAUUAUUUGCAUUUGCUAAGGCUCACCCUGGUUUAUACCAAAACUCUAUUCCUAACGUGGGUAGCUUCUACUCGAGCAGCGGAUACCAAGAUGAGUUGUUGUGGGCUGCAGCUUGGAUCCACCGUGCCACCAACGACCAGACUUAUCUCAAUUAUUUAACACAAGCGUCUAGUAGCGGAGGUCCUAGGACUGUUUUUUCCUGGGACGAUAAGUUUUUGGGUGCACAAGUCUUGAUGGCCAAACUUGCACUUGAAGGGAGAGUGAAAAGCUAUGGGAAGAUUGCGGAGUUCAAGAGUAUGGCGGAGCAAUUCAUUUGCAAUUGCGCGCAAAAGGGUUCCAAUAACGUUAAGAAGACUCCGGGAGGUUUGCUCUGGUUCUUGCCGUGGAACAAUCUCCAAUACACCUCUACCGCUUCCUUCGUCCUCUCUGCGUAUUCUAAGUAUCUGAUAGAGGCCAAAUCCUCCAUCAAAUGUCCUCAUGGUGUUCUUCAAGCUUCUGAUCUUCUCAACCUCGCUCGCGCUCAGGUAAACUAUAUACUUGGAUCGAACCCGAGGAAAAUGAGCUACAUGGUUGGAGUUGGGACCAAUUAUCCCAAAAAACCACACCAUAGAGCAGCCUCUAUAGUGUCAAUCAUCAAGAGCAGAGCUCUGGUGACGUGCUCAGGAGGGUUCAGCCAAUGGUUUAACAAUCCUGCACCAAACCCUAACGUCCUAACCGGAGCAGUCGUGGGCGGACCCGAUCGGAACGAUGCUUUUGUUGAUACGAGGACUGAUUUCCAACAUUGUGAACCUGCGACGGUCACCGUUGCUCCACUUGUUGGAGUCUUGGCCGCCAUUGCUUGA